AUGGCCGUUCCCAGGAUCAGUACCAGUGUCUCCAGGAAUGGCACACGGGUUCCCAGUGACAAAGGGGCUCCCAGGAUUAGCAUCAACCUUUCCCAGCCUGGCAAAGACGAUUCUGCCAUACGAGAAGACCUGGGCUCGGUCACAAUCUUCAAGAGCCUUGACAAAAAUGACAUCGUUAAUGUGAUCGCUUACUGCCAGAAAACUGCGACCAUUGGCGCGACGGCUCUCUUUAAUUGCCUCCAGCGCGAUGAGAUGCCACCCUUUCACCGAGCCAUACUCAACCGACGACUAGACAUUGCGCGCCUUUUGUUGGAUCUUUAUCAGGCAAAUCCCAAUUCCGAGUACCGUGGGAUGAGCACGCUUCUGCUCGCCAUUGAGAUGAGCUACCCACAAGCAGUUAAUCUCAUGUUGGAACAUCACCCACGGCUGUCCUAUAUUUGCGACUUUCAAGGUCGAGGGCCGUUGUCAAUCGCUGUCGCAAAGGGCACUUUUGCCAUCGUUGAAACCCUGUUGCAGUACCCAGCGCUGGAUGUCAAUGACCGAUGCACCGAUGGCAUGUCCGCUUUGAUGUACGCAGUGGAAUACUCGGAGCACGCCAUUCUAAACUAUCUUCUGACCAAUUCCCGCGUGGAUGUCAGCAUCGAGGAUUGCUUUGGGCAGAAUGCGCUACACCUCGCAGUCCGAAAGGAAGACCAUAUCUCAGUGCAGAUCCUAGCCCGAGACCCUCGCUUGGAUGUCAAUUGGUGUGACGCUCACCGGAAUUCGGCUCUACUUCUCGCGGUCAAAACCCUCAAGGGGAGGUCGUCGCGUCGGACAGUGGAGGCCCUACUGCUCAAUCCAAAGCUUGACAUCAAUCACCAAGAUUCUAGAGGGCGCACGGCGCUGUGGCACGCGGUGGACCAGCAGAAUGAGGAGCUAGUGCAGCUGCUCUUGGACCAGGAUGGCCUCCGUUUGAAUGAUGCGGACGGCGGGGCUGUUACCCCUCUUGCGCGAGCAGCGGAGCAUCAAAGCCCUCGUUUACUGCAGAUGCUUCUGAGACAGCCGAAGAUAUGUAUCAAUUCCAUGCCUGGUCCGGCUGUUCCACCGUUAUGGGCAGCGUGUCGGGCGGGUUCGCUCGCCACGGCUCAGAGGUUGCUGACCCAGAAAGCUAUUCAGAUCAAUGAGAAAGCCCCGUCUGGAACGUCACCCCUGCAUGUGGCCGUGAUCAAUCAACACUUGGGUAUUGUGUCUCUUCUUCUCUCGCAAGGUGAAAUCGCACUGAAUGAGGUUGGGCCCUUGGGCUUCACGGCCCUCAUGUUUGCUGCUGCAAGCGGGUAUACUGCAUGUGUUGAACGGCUGUUACGACACCCGCAGAUCGAUCUGAAAGUGAAAGAUGCGUACGGUUACUGCGCUUUCCGCUUAGCGAUACUAUAUAAACAUGUUCGGUCGAUUAAUCUGUUACGCAUCGCUCGCCAGACACACCAAUACCACACUCCUCAAGGGCUAACGCCUGUCCCCGCCUGGGACGAUCUUCCCGAGAUUACACCACUGGGCCAUCGGAUCUUUGUGGCGGGGAGAACGACCAUGGCAUUAGAGACGACAAAGACACACCUCAGUACAGCAAAGAGCGUGGCACAAUCCCCACUAGACCCAAUCACUGAGAAGCGGAGCCAGCGUGAUCAGCAAGCUCACGAAAAUGAGUUCUUCCGCACCUGUUGCGUGAAUUUCUGCCAUCUAGCGACAGCCGUGGUUGACAUCACACAAAAGCUUGUAUUGGAAGAACACUUCCAUUCCGACCAAUUCGCCCCGAUCAAUGCACGCUUAUGCCGGGCUACAUUGGCUCUUUGGGCAGCCUUGGACGCAUCAAGGGUGGAGGAGGACAGGGCGGAACGUAUUUGGAUGCAGGAAUUGGAUAUGCCCACAGUUUCGGAGCCAUCUUCCAAGUGGAUCUAG